AUGGCUCAAAUAAUACGAUACGUGCUAAUUGAAGACGCUAAAUGUUCAGUUGAAGGUUUCCUUGAUUUCAUUCAAACUAAUAAAAAAACUGGAAGUGGCCUUGCAGAUGAAAUUACGAAAAAAAUAAAUAAUGACGGUUUUUCAGAUUGCCGAGGUCAAGCAUAUGAUAAUGGUGCCAACAUGGCUGGCAUAUAUCGUAGAGUACAAGCACUAAUUUUGCAACAGAACGAGUAUGCACAAUUUUUACCAUGUUCAGCCCAUUCUUUAAAUUUAGUUGGGGUACAUGCAGCUCUUGUAAAUUUAGAAAUGGUAACAUUCUUCGGCACGUUGCAACAUAUAUUUACUUACUUUUCGGGAUCAACACAACGAUGGGAAGCUUUGUCAAAUUUGAAGUUGACUCUAAAUGGUCAUUCUGAUACCAGAUGGUCAUCGAAGUAUCACAAUUGUACGGAUCUCAAUGUUUGGAUGCAAUGGUUUGAGGAGUUUAAAUCAAACAGUAAAGAGAAUGAUGAUAGUGAAGAUGAACAAAUUGAUAAUGUUCAACAAAGUGAUCACGAUUCUGUGUCUGCGCAAGAAAUAAGUGACGAUAAAAGAUUACAAAGUGGUGUAAAAGAGGAAAAUUCUGAAAUAAGCGAUUUUUUGGGGGAAUUUUUUAGCAAAAAUGUAUAA